UUAUGAGGUUCAACGAUCGAAUCCUGCGGAAGAUCCUGAUCCGAGACAGGCGGGCCGAGUCCAGUAUUUUGGCGCUGUACAAGAAGCUAGAGCUGCAGAAUGCUAUGCUGAUCCUGGACGUGGUGUCUGGAGACAUCAGUGCUGCUCCGUCCAUCAUCUCUCUCUAUGAGGAAAAGAAAAGCUCAUCUAAACCUAAUAAGUUAUUGGCUGUUGAAGUGAAGAAGAUGCAUGAUAUCCUGUCAAAGAACAUGUACAAGAUCAGGCAGCAGGCGGUGUCAUUCACAAGUAAACAUGCCCUCCCCAACGAUAGCCAGCCCAGAGAAAUAUUGAUUAGACGCCACAACAGCAUCCGCCGCAGCCUGCAAUCUCACAGCCUUCACAGAGGAGGGGUGUCCACAAUCCAUAAGUAUCACUCUCUUCCAGCUGGGAAGAGUCUGGGCUCUGCUGUAGAUUAA